UCCACCGUCAACUUGUUUCCAACCAAUCCCUUCCUCAGUUCCUCCCCCAACCUUAAUCAGUUGCAGUUCUUUCCUUUUUUUUUUUUUUUUUUUCAUUUAGUCAUUUUCAUGUUUGCGUCUGCGGCAUCCUGAUCCGGGAGGUGGUAAAUUAAAGCUCGAGGCUCAGACGAACCAACUGCUCCUCUAGUCUUCCAUCUUCUUGUGUUCUUUUUUAUCUCCGCCAUCAAAAUUCUCUCCCUGAUCUUUUCGUAAUCAAAAGCUGGAUCUCCUCUCCAAUUUCUCUUUUCCACUCCACCGUAUUACAUAAUACAUACAGUUUCUAGCUUGUAAACUGGACCACUUCAUUCUUUAUAUUCCGUAGCCGCAAAUUUAUAAAAAGCUGCUAAGCAUGUAAUUCUGAUCGACUCCGUCUUUUCCUCUUCCCAAAAAAAAAAAAAAAAUCAAAAAGAUAUAUACCAGUACGUAUAUGUUUUUUCAUUUGCGUACCUUGUUUGCCCAGUAAUCAUAGCGUUAUAGAGCUGGCCCUAGCUCAGAAGCUCGUGUAGCAAGAUCUUUAUAAAAAUCCACAAAUCAUGUAAUAUCAGUCUUUCAAGUUCUUUCUCUAGAACCAAAUCUUUAUAAAAAAAAAAAGAAAAAAAAAGAGGUUGUUCUAGCCGAUUCAAGUUCUGAAGGCGGAAAAUGGCAGAAUCGGAUGGUGGAACUCCACGAGCAUCGGCGCCUCCAACGCCGGGGACUCCAACGCCAUUGUUUUCGUCGGUUCGAGUUGAUUCAAUGUCCGGCGAUCGGAAGUCAAUGCCCCGGUGCAAGUGCUUGCCUGUGGAGGUGCCAACAUGGGGUGCAGCUCACACGUGUCUCACCGACUUUCCCGCCCCAGAUGUCUCCCUUACCCGCAAGCUGGGAGCAGAAUUCGUGGGCACAUUCAUCCUGAUAUUUGGUGCCGCAGCUGGACCCAUUGUAAACCAAAAGUACGACGGAGCAGAAACGCUGAUAGGAAACGCAGCGUGUGCGGGGCUAGCAGUGAUGAUAGUGAUAUUGGCAACAGGGCAUAUAUCGGGAGCUCAUCUCAAUCCCUCCCUCACCAUUGCAUUUGCGGCGCUCCGCCACUUCCCUUGGGUUCAGGUGCCGGCUUACAUCGCAGCUCAAGUUUCGGGAUCCAUCUGUGCUUCUUUUGCUCUCAAAGGUGUUUUCCACCCCUUUAUGUCAGGAGGCGUCACGAUUCCAUCUGUAGGCAACGGCCAAGCCUUCGCCCUCGAGUUCCUCAUCACAUUCGUUCUCCUAUUUGUUGUUACUGCAGUUGCCACCGACACUCGAGCAGUUGGAGAAUUGGCAGGUAUAGCAGUCGGAGCUACAGUCAUGCUCAACAUUCUCGUCGCCGGGCCAUCCAGCGGUGGUUCAAUGAAUCCUGUCCGAACCCUGGGGCCAGCCGUUGCUGCUGGAAAUUACAAGUCAAUCUGGGUAUACUUGCUGGCUCCCACGCUCGGGGCCCUGGCCGGAGCAGCUGUCUAUACAUUUGUCAAGCUCCAGGGAGACGAGACUGAGACUCCAAGGCCGGUCCGGAGUUUCCGUCGCUAAAACUUUUCUGAAAGAACCGACCGGCCUAGCCAGCUAGGCCUCCUAAUUUCUACCAUGUUGAAUUAUUAUCAUCGUAUAAAGUAUUCCUGUUGAUGACAUUAAAAGUCAACUGCUUUUACGUAAGAAUAAAGGCGUAGGAUAAGGAAGCUGUGGACUUCGACGACUCUUGCGCCCCUUGGUCUGUUGUGGUGUGUAAAAUUGUAGACUUAAAAUCUCUGUACUGUUAUGCUUUGCUGGUUUGUCCUAUAUGUGAUCGAUGUGGUGGUUGAAUUAGAGACGCGAGCUAAUGCCUCUGCUUUUAAGCUUGCCGUCACUUCAACGAAACAAUAAUCUUGUUCUUCUUUUUUUUA